AUGUUGACAAUAAGUUUCACUGUGGUUCUCUUUCUAGCAGUCUCCUGCCCUCUGAGAAGAGCACAGCCACAUGGAUUCCACGACAUCGAAAAACGAAGUUACGGCUACGAACACGACCUUUUGUAUAAGGUAGAUAUUUACAAGUGUGGCAUACCGUUAGUUAUAAGAACGACCGUGUUGGAGUACCCAGAGCCAAGACUAUUCCGCUACUCCUUAAUCAUGGCAGUGAACAUUCGGAAUCAUCUACUAAAUGGAACUCAAGAUUGCGCGACCAUCGUUUCAGGAGGCGUAGGAAACAAAUUUGUCAGAAUCAAACUAAGAAGUCAAAUGGGUGAAGGUCUUAACUUUACAAUAAAGAUAUAUGGAUUACAUAUGUGA